AUGUCUGUAGAAGGAGCAACAAAGUGCUCACACUAUCUCCCAGCGUCUGCGCCAGCUCAAGCGUGUGCCCCCGGAGUUGCUCCCUAUCGUGUUGCCAUUGGCGCUGCUGUCUACUCCUGCAGCAAGAAGCUGAUGACCGACAAGACCCUGCGUCUCUACCGCAACAGCCCCGAGAGCCGUGAGCACUAA